AGUACAUUCCCCACAUUCUUCCCCCUCCUCCAACAUGCAUCGUACUUCUCCUUCAGCUCGGUCUAUAGACAAAGUUGACAUAUCACAACCCGCAGCCAUUCGCAUCAGGGUUCCGACCACACCAGCCAGCGUCUCUUAUACAUACCAAAAGCCUACAGUAGACACCAUGGACUCCAACCGCGGCUUCCUGCGCCGGCGACGCGUUCUAUACCCCCUCAUCGCACUCACUCUUUUCUUCGUGUUCAUAUUCUCUCCGCACGACCUGUUCUCCCUCCCGUCGGGGGUGAAGGACCUGAGCGGCUCGCUCUCGCCCGCUAGCAUCUCGCAACUCGUCCACAACAGAGCGGACGAGAUCCACGGGCUGCUGUAUUUCGUCGUGAACAAGCCCGACAAGAUGCUGAGCCUCGAGUCGCCCGAGCUUCUGGGGCUGGACCCUGCGAAGCCGAUCGACUUGAAGGUGUACGAGAGUGGGGAUCUGACCAAGCCCAAUUGGGCCAAGAGAGUCAAGGAAUUGGAUGCUCAGACCCCGUUGGUUGUGUUCAGUAAGACAUAUUGCCCAUACUCAAAGAGGGCUAAAGAGCUCCUUGCCUCGUAUGACCUCUUCCCGCCUCCGAAAGUCAUUGAAGUAGACCUCCGCGACGACGGUGAUCUGAUCAAAGUCAUUCUCACGCGUCUCACGUCGCGCAGCACUUUCCCCAACGCGAUACUCAAGGGCAACUCCAUCGGAGGCUCCGACGAUCUUCAGAGCUUGCAUCGCAGUGGUCAGCUCCGAGCUCUCCUUGAGAAGGCUGGGAUGAAGGUUCGAGCGGACAUCAAAGUAGAGGGCCAGUCAUAAGCAGAGUCAUUGUCGAUGGACUAGCAUGUGGUUUUUUUCUUAUGUGUAUUACAAGCAAUACGCGAACGGACGUCAGGCUCAGUGCCGAACGGUCGCUAUCGUGUAGAAGAACAGCUGCGUCAUGUAAAACAUAAAUACAUGAAUGUCACCGAUCUGAAG